AUGUCCGACAAAACAAAUAGCGAUGAUACGAACUUGAAAAGUGCGCAAGUCGUCACACCCGAUAAAGGCGAGCAUGACCCCGCUGGCGCCAAUGACCAUCUCAGCACCUCAAAUGCCACACCUGAGAAACAAGAAAGCUUUGUAUCCGAGUUCGAUGUGUGGUGGAGCAGCCCUGAAGACGAAGACCCUGCCAAUCCAAGGAACUGGUCAAAUUCUCAGAAGUGGACUAUCAUCGCUUCUCUGUCACUUGUCACUUUUCUCACGCCAUUAGCAUCGUCAAUGUCUGCUCCUGGUGUUCCUCAGAUGUUGAUGGACUUCAAAACGAAUUCGACAUUACUUGCAACGUUUGUCAUCUCCGUUUUUGUCCUGGGCUUUGCAUUUGGGCCACUUGUCAUCGCGCCGCUUAGCGAAUGGAUCGGUCGGGUACCAGUAUAUCAUGUUUGCAACAUCUUCUUCUUCAUUUUCACAAUUAUAUGCGCGGUCUCCAAGAAUAUGGCAAUGUUGAUUGUAUUCCGAUUUCUGGCCGGCUUCGCUGGAGUGGCACCAAUCACCUGCGGUGGCGGCACCAUUGCCGACCUGAUGCCCCCGGAGAGACGAGGUGUAGCAAUGUCACUCUGGUCCCUCGGGCCCUUAUUUGGUCCCAUCAUCGGGCCUAUUGCAGGAGGGUUCCUCGUCGAAGCAAAAGACUGGCGGUGGGUAUUUUGGGUCAUCGCAAUGGCGUCUGGGGCGUCCACGAUUCUGUGUUUCUUCACUCUGAAGGAGACAUAUCCCCCCAUUAUUCUAGAGCGCAAGGCUGCUCAAAUGAGGAAAGAGACAGGAAAUUCUUCUUAUCGAUCGCGUCUCAAAUCAGACAUACCGAAGAAGGAGCUAUUCAUCCAAAGCAUCAUGCGACCCAUGAAGAUGCUGUUUUGCUCGCCGAUCAUAUUCCUCAUGUGUGCGUACGUGGCAAUCAUGUACGGUCUGCUUUAUAUACUCUUCACGACCUAUACAUUUGUAUUUGAAGGAGAGUACGGAUUUUCUUCAGGCACUGCGGGCUUAGCUUUCCUAGGAAGUGGAGUUGGUAUGCUCUUGGGACUAGCAUUUGCCGCCACACAGAGCGACAAAAGGAUUAAGAGGAAGAUUGCCGCGGGGGAGCCUGUUCUUCCGGAAGACCGACUGCGAUAUACACUCAUAGUUCCGGCAUGUCUCUGUCUCCCCGUUGGUCUGUUCAUCUAUGGAUGGAGCACCCAGUACCAUGUGCAUUGGAUUGUGCCUCAGACUGGAAGUGCUGUCAUCGGGUUUGGCAUGAUCGCGAUUUUGAUGUGCAUCCAAACAUAUCUGGUGGACGCAUUCACGAUACAUGCCGCGAGCGCCACAGCAGCGAAUACAGUGUUAAGGAGCCUCUUGGGUGCACUUUUCCCACUGUUUGCACUGAAGCUGUAUGACAGGAUCGGUCUAGGCUGGGGCAACAGUGCCUUGGGUUUUAUUGCCUUGGCAAUAGCCCCUAUCCCUAUAGGGUUUCGAGUAUUUGGCGAGAGGAUAAGGACAAACCCCCGGUGGCAGGUUAAGUUCUAG